AUGACUGAAGACGAAGACGGUGGUGCAGUUAAUACGGGAACAUUAAACCCUCAGUUGUAUCUUCAAGAUGAGGUGGAGUUACUUCUCGGGACGUGGAACAGAGAGGACAAUGGGAAGUGGAUCUUCGAACACGACCCAAUGCUAGCUCCCAAAACCAUUCAACUUCAGACAAAACUCUCUUAUGCGGCUCUUGUCUCGCUCGUGAAAGGAACACUUCACCUUCUGGCGAAAAAUAUAUCCAUCAAACUGGCGUAUCAAUAUCCACCAUGGAUGGCAAUAGAUGAUGGCGAUGGAUCCACCCCACAGUACAUAACAGAUGACCACAAAGUUGAGGUAUUUAUCCAGAUGAGGCGACACGUCGAGGAAGUAAACCUCUGCGUCACGGUCACACGUCAUAUCGGAGCUAUGAUGGCAGAUGAUGAGCGGAUACGUUGUAGUCAGUAUCAACAACCACUUACAACAGCGGAAGAUGAUGGGAUAGGUGGUCAGUCGGACGGAGAAGGAACCGAUGAAGAGUGGCAUCGAUUUGCAAUGUCCAAAACUCCACUAACAGCUCCGCUCACCGCUCCACUAACCGCUCCUCAAGGAACGAGAGCAGAGGACGAGCAAGUCGUUCCAACUCUACAUGGUGAGAAGACAGUCCCAGGACAUAAGAGAGGCAGAGACGAAGGGAUUUCUAUUCGCGAAGGCGAACCCAUUAUCCGUCUAUCCAAUGUCGAAUGUGAUCCUCGUGAUGAAGGGAAGGCGAUUGCGGCAGAUUUUGAAAGCGAUUCAGACAGCGACGGUCCAAGAACGCAUGGUGCAAGAAGGCAAUUGUUCUCCAAGGACGAAGGCACGGAAGGAGAAAAAUCAGAGGAGCCUUUCCCCGGUGAUACUUCAUCUGACACGCCGUCUGGAGCUAGAGAAAAUAUCCCAUACAAUCCAUGGGGACGAUUCGACGAAGCGUUACACUAUAUCCUUUGCGAUAUCAGUGCCAAUCCGGCCAUGUUAGGCAGGGAUGCUCCACCAGUUUUCCCCAUUGGCGUUGAAGAUGCUGUUGAUUCAGCGCUUGCCGACGUGCGUUAUGAGGGUGAUAAACUUUUCGUUGGUCGAGUAUUCAAGUCGAAAACGGAUUGCAAACUUAAGAUCGCUAUUCAUGCUAUCAAUAGGAGGUUUCACUUUCGCACAACGAGGUCAAGCCCAACAUUUAUGGUCAUGAAGUGCAGCUGCCGAACAUGUUUUCUAUCUAAAAAGAAAAGGAGUUACAACCAAAAGAGGAAGACUGCUCCAGACAGCUCUAUCGAGAAUCAGCGCCCAACCGCGCAGUCCGGCUGGCCGAGGAACGAAUGUUCCGCGCUCGGCCAGAAGCUCGUCUGUUCGUCUGAAGUCUCGGCCAAAGUCCAAAACCACUCGGCCGCGCGCAAGUCACGACCCGGGAAACUAUUGCCCGCGGUCGGCCACGCCACGCCACGACCGCGCACGACCAAAGCGCACGAGCCGGGAGUAACGCCUCGCGGCCGCGCAACUCAUCUCGCGCACCACGCACGAACGCGCCGUCCGACCCAGGAAACUACGUUCUGCGUCCGGCCAAGAUUCCGUCGACCGUUCCGACUCGGCCACAUACCGAUUGUCCGGCCGAUCGUCCCGCACGACCGUCCCAACGCCGCGGUCGACCCGAAGCCCUUUUUGAAGCCCAAACUUAUGUUUUCAAGCCCGGCUUAA